CACAACACUACGUGGCGGUGUGGCCGACUGUGUGCGUGCGACUGUGCUGAAAAGCUGUGAAGAUGUGGGGCCGCUGUUCAGUCAGCUGCAGACUUCAGACUGCAUGAAUUGUCCCGAGCGCGCACAAUGCCUUCUCCUAUCCCCAUUUCGCGCUUGCUGCCCAGAGACAUCUACCCCUCUCUGGAUUUCGGGAUCUGCAGCAGCCCGCUAACAAAACACUCCCACGGCUCCACAUUGCAAGUCCCCAUAAAUCGGCACCACGGGAAAGCUGCGAGUCGGCUCUGGUCCUCUGUUAUCCACUGGAAGGAGUUGCGCUCCGCACAGCCGGUGGGUUCCGGAGGGUUCGGCUCCGUGUACAGGGUGGAGUACCUCGGGGAAAUUGUCGCGCUGAAGAAAGUGAAGAAGUGCACUAAGAACAAGCUGGCGUCCCGGCAGAGCUUCUGGGCGGAGUUGAACGCGGCACACCUGCGGCACAGCAACGUCGUGCGCGUCAUCGCUGCGACCACCUGCGUGCCGGACGAUUUCGGAGACGAUAGCAGCAUUGGGACGAUACUGAUGGAGUUCGUGGGGGACAGAAAUCUACAGCAGAUCAUUUACGGGUGUCCUGAGCCGCUGGAGGUGGACCGGUGGCUCAGGUACUCCGCGGACAUCUUAAACGGUUUGCGGUUCCUUCACUCCCACAGCGUCCUUCACCUGGACAUAAAACCAGCGAACGUGUUGAUUUCCAGUCAGGACAUCUGCAAAAUCGUCGAUUUCGGCUGCUCGUUGAAAGUGGACAGUGGAUGUGAGGUCAGCACGGUCAGCCGUCAGCUGAGCCACGUAGGCGGCACGUACACGCACAGAGCCCCGGAGCUGCUGAGAGGUGAGGCGGUAUCUCCCAAAGCAGACAUCUUCUCAUUCGGGAUCACCUUGUGGCAGCUGAUCACCAGAGAACAGCCUUACGACGGCGAAAGGCAACACGUGCUCUACGCGGUCGUGGCGCACAACCUGAGGCCGUCGGUCCACAACAACCCUGUGUUUGAGACGGAGCUCGGACUGCUGUGCAAGACCCUGCUGAGCCAGUGCUGGAACGCAGACGGCACCUGCAGACCUACUGCGAAGGAGUUGUUGCUUCACCUGGAGCGGCUGCGCUCCCAUAUAUGACUCUUUUUUUUAUUUUAUUUUUUUUAUUGCUUGUUGCAACACAUGACGACUGCUGUGGGUUUCUUAAAAUGAAAAAGUUUCAGUAACAUUUUAGUACCGCUCUCCUGCUGUCAUUUUGAAGCAGUGUUUUUUUUUUUUUUAUACAGGAUUCAUGACUCUCUUUAUUACCGGCGAAAGGACUUCACUCCCAUGCCACCUUGUUGUGAAUGAUUCAUGUUUAAAUUCGGAACAUAGACAGAGAUUUAUGUCAGACUAUAAGAUGUUGUUUUUUUGGAAACUUAUUCCAUAUCUUGCUCCACCUGCAGAUGCAAUUUCAACGCCUACUUGUGUGACUCCCGAUGAAAAAAACGAUGACACCUUAAAGUUGUUGGAGUUUCAUUGUAUCAAUCAAGGAUUGGGUCUUUCAAAUGUCAUGUUAUUGAAGGGACUGAAACUGAAAGCAUGCCACAGCCAUACUACAAGAAAAAUCCUAAUUUAUUGUUUUGUUUUUUUAAAUAUAAUUCUUAGACUUUAACUGUGGGGAUUGUUAUUUACUUUGUCCAAACAAUUUAUUUAAACUGGGGAAUUAAAAAUCUUUUGAAAUUCAGUUUUAAUUGUCAUGAUGAGAUGUAAGUGUUGUAUGUUUUCAUUAAAAUUAUUUUUAUACUUCUGAGUACUUAUA